AUGCGGUUGGCCCAGGAGGCUGACUUGAAGAACCUGUGGUCCGAAGCUGCUGUGUCAGUCAGCCUUGCCUCUGCCACACCCCAGUACCUCACCCCUGCCCACAGCAAAUGUGACAGGGUGAGGUCUGAGAGGCUAGGUCAAUCCUGCCCACCAGACACUGGAGAACCAGGCCUGCCUUGCUUUGCAGGCCUCCUGAUAGUCUCAGCUUCUACCCUGACCCUUCUCUCUACACAUGAAGACCUUAACCAGGUUCCUUCAGCCUCUGACACAUCUGUUCGGCAAAGCAGCGGCAUUUUGGGCAUCCUGACAGAAACUGUUGGUGGCAUCAACUCAGCUGAGAAGGAAUCGGAGGCCCUGGAGAGGAGGGCAGGAGCCCUUUCUUCGGAGGCAGUGGGGGGCCAGAAGUCCCCCUCAAUGCCUGGCCCCUUAAGAAAUAUUAGGCCCUCAGGCAGGGACAUACAUGGACCAAUCCCCUCAGUCCUGAAAGCAUCUGUAGCCCACAUGACUGUUGACUCUCAGCCAGUAUCCUCUGGGGUUGACCCUGUAGAGGAAAACUUGGCCUCUGGAACUCUAGAAACAAUUGCUAUGUCAUUGCCACAGCCUUCUCCCACACAUGGAUCUGAGCAGAUGUUCAGCAAGGUCCCCAAGUUGUAUUGGACCAUCCCUGCCUCUGCAUCAUUGGAGACAAUUGUUGCGUCUAAACCAACAUGGCAUCCAAUCAGGGCUUCCCUUUUCCCCAUAGUCCCUAGAGCUCCAUGCCUGUUACUGAACACCUCUUGUCCCCCUGCGUGGAGGGACGGCCACUCCAGACCAGAGGCAUCCCCACCUGUAGCACCGGCUCCAAGGAGCCCCUUAGGAUUGCCUAUCUUUCCAUGGAUGCCUAACAUACCGAAAACUACAGAGCUUCUGUUAUCUGCAUCUUCAGGGAGAUCAGGAUCAGACCUGACCUCCCAAGCCUUUACAGUGGACUCUGGGUCAUCUGAAAACACUGCAGCUUUGGGCACAGGCUCAGUAUGCAGUGGUGCUCCUGUGUUGCUGCUGUCCUCGGCAACAUCACCUUCACAUCCAUCCUCCCCCUGCUCUCCACCCUCUUCAUCAGCUUUGCUCCUGUCUUCAUCCCUACCACCUGCAUCUUUGUUACUCUUUCCAUCACCACCUUCAAUCCCAGCCCCAGUUUCCUCUAUCACCACAGGGGCCAGGGACCCUCCUAAACCUUCUGUGUCUGUGACUGCACUCUCAACUGCAGACCCUCCCAUUCAAACCUCGAACCUUGCACCCCCAAUGGCCCAACGACCCAGUCAUCCUGGGCCACGGAUUCCUAACAGCCUGAUCUACCUGCCCAAUCUCUCCCUCCAACAUUUUUCCAACCCUCCCUCUGCCCCACGUAGCUCUGGCUUCACAGAGUUAUCUGGGGGUACUGUCUCUACCCAGUCCUCUACCCUGCCUCACUCUGGUCAAGAAGUGUUUUUGCAGGACCUGAGUUCCUCCACGCCAGGACCUAGUCAUGUGACCCACUCUGUGACCUUCAGGAUCAACAGUAAAUGCUUCACCACAGCUUUCUGGAACCUGAUACCCCUGAAUCGAAGACUGCUGAGUAAUAGGCUUAUCUGCUACCAGCUCCAGCUCAUCUACCAUGAGGCCUUCUCCAGCUUCAAGAACGUCAGUGCCCUGCUAUUUCGCACACUGUCUUCUGCACCAGCCAGGCCUAUCUUGCCCCCACUGCCCCCCUCCUGCAGGCCUGGUUCUACAGAAGUGACAGCCUCACUCGUAUUUGAUCAGCCGGAUCCCUCAGCCCUAGAAAUCCUCUGGGCUUUGUAUCGCAAAGUGAAGGCCUCCAGAUGGUUGCUUGGGCACCUGUCCCUGGCUGACAACAGCCUCUCCUCUGAUGAGUACAACAUGGAAGACCUUACCAGGGAAACCAUCAACAUUACCUUCACACUCAUGAGGCCCUUCCUGCCUCAGCUGCUUCUGCCUGGUUCCCAACCUUUUAUCCUGUUGGAGAAGCAGAUCCUCCAGCUGGUCACCCAUGAGGUGUCAAGAUUCUACAAGACUAAUCUCCAGGACCAGCCCCUGCUCCUAUUCAGCAACGUGAACGAGUGGGUGAGCAUUUACAUGGAAUACAAGUUCAAAAGCCCCAUCCCCACCCACCUCCGAGGCCUGGCCAGUUACUUGGCCCAUCACAUAACAGACCCUACCCUCCAGAAAUCCAGCAUGGUGGCCAAUGGGGAGAAAGCAGAGCUGGCACUUUAUGAGACAUGGCUUCUGAUCCUGGGUCACCCCUACAGCGAGUCCUUGGAGAACAAGACUAGUUCUGAGUCCCAGGAGCUUCGUGGACUGCUGACAAAAUGGAUAACCUCAGCCCUCAAGCCUCUGCACAACUUUGGUCAGGUGGUGGUGGAGGAAUUCCAGCAGGAGCCACUGAUUGCCAAAGUGCAAGCUGCCUUCUUUGGGGCUGCACCAGCCCAGGCCAUCAUUCAAGACUGCAUGCACCAAGCCCUGCACUUCCUGCAGGAAACUGAGGGUCUCCAGUUAGAGAUGCUCAUCCCAGUCCUUGGCACCCCCAGCUCCAGAGCCUCUAGAGGCCCCAGCCACGGAUUCACAUUGAACCUCCAGCUCAUCACUUCUCUCCUUGUCCUGGUGGCCCUUGAUGCUGCUCCCCAUUUCACCAAGAAGGAAACCCCAUACCUUUCCUAG